UAUUUCCCUUACAAUCUGUCAAAUUUUUUUACCGUAUGAAAAUGUCAAAUGAAGCAGGAACCCCCAAUAAAAUCGUUUGGAAUUGUAGUCAAAUCGCCGAAAAUGCCCCAAAUUGGAGCUUAGAAUCCGAUAUAAACCUAUUAACACAUCUACAAGCAUUUUCCGAGAUAAUCUUCGAAUCAACCCAAAAGAUCGACGAAAAUCUCAAGAAAUUAUCGAAAAAUCUCGACGAAACAUCAAUAAAUUUACAUUUAUCUCGAAAUGAAUUUUCGAGUUUAAGUAAUACCCAAUUUAUUGAAAGUCGGGUUUAUGAAGAAGAUGAAACUAUCUUAGACGAGAAUCAAAACAAACCUUUAAUUGAAGACAAAAAUGUCGAACAAACAAAUAAUAAUGAAGAUCUUAAAGUCGCUGCAAAAAAAGGAUUAGAAAUCAUCUCGAAAUACUACGACCGAAUUAAUGUCCCAAUUGAAAGUGAUUCCGAUGAGGACGACGAUGAAAUUCCCGGAUUUAUUUUACAAGCUAAAGAUCCUUACAUUAAUCGACCAUUACCCUAUGUAAUAGGCACCCAAGAAUGGUACAAAACCCCUCACGUUGGUAUUUUAGAUUCCGAUAGCGAAUCAGACGAAGAACAAAUUUCCGAGAGGUAUUCGAAUGACUCGGAAAGUGAUAAUGAAGAUAAAAUUAAUAGUGGUAAUAAUAGCGAAAGUAAAACCGAUGAUGAAGCAAUAGUCCCAAAAGAAAUUAACAUUACCGAGGUUAGUUUUGCAGAACAAUUAGCAGAAAAAUUAGGAAAUGUUAUAUCUAAUGGGGAUAAAAAUGAAAAUAAUAAAAAUUGGGUUAUCGAAAAUCAAAAUGAAUUUUGUAAUAGUGAAGUUAAUAAAAGGCCCAUUCAAAAAGUAACGAGGGAUUAUGGAAAAUUAUUUUCAAAUGAACCACCUCCAAUGGAUGAUGAUAAAUUCUUUCCGGAAAAAUCCCCAAAGGGGAUAUUUUCAAGCGGAAACGAUUUGUUUGAUGAUUUAGAGGAUGACGUGGGUUUUUGGGGAGAAAAUUCGAUUAAAAAAUUAUCUAAUAAUGAUGAUACUCCCAAGAAAUCAACACAAAUUGUUGACUCAACUAAAAACGAAGAGUAUAAUAAAAAAAUUAUUGAGAAUAAAAAAGAGGAUUUAUUCAAUGAUGAUGAUGAUGAUAAAUUAUUUGUUCCAAAGAAAUCACUACAAGUUAAAAAAGAUCACUACAAGAAACAAAGCUUAUUUGAUGAUUUAACUGAUGAUGAAGAUAUUUUUGAGACUAAAAUUGAGCCAAAAAAGAGUUUAAAGGAUGAUUUAUUCGAUAAUGAAGAAGAUUUUAAUAUUUUUAAUGAAAAUAUUGAAUCGGAACGAAACGAUUUGUUUGGUUCGAAAGAAAAAGACGUCCUUUUUGAGUCGAGAGAUAACGACUUAUUUAAUUCGAAAGAAGAUUUUUUGAAUAAUAACAAAAAUAUUGAGAAUAAGAAAGAAGAUAAGAAUGCAGUAUCAAAUUUAUUUUCCGAUUCGGAUUCCGAUGAUUUAUUUUAUACAAAACCAAAAAUUUUUACAAAAAAAUUAAUUCAUGAAGAGAAACUUGAUAAAAAAGAAAUCGAACUUGAUAGAAAUGAAGUGGUUAAUAAACAAAAAGAGAAAGUUAAGGGCCUUUUUGACGAUGAUUCAGAUGAGGAAGACAAAAAUGAUUUAUUUUCAGGUUCGGUUGCAAAUAAUAAUGACUUAAAGAAAGUAGUAAUGAAAACUGAGAAUGAAUCCGAAGAGUUUUCAAAAGAUAUAGUAAAAGAAAAUUUAAUGGAGGUCAUGGAAUCUGAAUCUAAAGAAGUAAAUGAAGAAAAAAAUGAAUUAGAAGAUGAAAAUUCUAAAAAAGAUGAUGAAAUAAAGGUUAUACAAUCUAAUUCUGUUGAAAUUAAUGAGACACCAUCAUUUUUCGAUGAGCCACCAUCAAUUUUUAAUGAACCAGAAUCAAUAUUUAAUGAUACACCAUCAACAUUCAACAAUAUCCCCUCAAUAACAAACAUUUUCGAUGAUAUUCCCACAACGAAAAAUAUUUUUGAUGAACCGUUUGAUGAAACAAGCGAUGAAACUUAUUCAUAUUUCGUUAAUAAUGAUGAGGAGUCCUCAAAGAAUCGUUUUGAAACACACCAAUCCAGCAUUUUCGAUGAUGAACCUCCGUCUCUUUUCAUCGAUACCAAUAUUACCUUGAAAAACCAAUGUUUCGAUGUCAUCCCAAAAGUAGACAACGAGAACUACGAUAACAAAAAAUCGGUUCGGUUUGAGGAAAAUUUGGAGGAGUUUGAGGGUGAAAGGGUUGGUGGUGUUUUGGGGGUGUCAAAAGGGAGUUUAGAUGAAAAUUUAAUUAAUACUAAAGAAGAAAGUAUUAAAGAUGCGGAAAUAACAUCACCUGGUAAAUUAAAACAUAACCUCAACAUAAACGUCAAAGCUUUGCUCCCGGGCGCUACCCCAGCUUUUAAAUCGAACUUAUCAUCGCAAAAAUCGAAAAGUUCUUUCGACGUGUCAUCAAUAAACAAUUUAAAAGAUGAAAAUAAAGAAAAACCGGUUGUUUUACCAAGAUUUGGAUUAAAAAGUGAAGGAGAUAACUCUAAAAUCAUCAAAAAUGAUGAAGAAUUUUCAUCGAAUAUUGAAGAGGAACAAAUUCAAGUAUUACAAAGCAUAACGAAAUCGAGAGUUAGAAUUCCUGUUCGUCGAAGACCAUCAACUAAGAAAGGCCGAGAAGCAAUCCGUAAAUCUUGUAUAGAAUUUUCCACACCGAAUAACAGCGAAAUUGAAGAAGAGGAUGCACAAAAAAACGAUUUAUUUAAUACGAAAACCACAACAACCGAAUUUGAGUCGGAUCUUUUUCUUGAACAAAAAUUUAAAUUACCAAAAAUUAAUCCCAACACGUCUAAAUCCAGUCUUUUUGAUGAUGACGAUGACGAGGUGUUUUUCACAAAUAUAAAUCAAUCAAAGAAGGAUGAAAGUAAAGUUUAUAAAUCAAUGGGUGAGUCAUCAAUGAUAAGGAAAGCUGUGAUUUCAAGUGUAAAAAAGUUGGAAAACGUUCGGGUUACUCAAGAUGAUCCGUUAAAUGCCUUUGAAAGGUGAAUUUAAAUAUUUUGUUAAUUUCAUAACCUAUAAUAAGUCGAAAAUGUGUUAAAUUAAAUUGAUCGGAGAAAAAAUAUUUUUUAUAAGAAUAUUCUAUUAUUUAUAUUGCAUGAUUAAUCCGUUUAUUUACUAUUUGUUUAUAUAUAAAUUUAAAUACGAAAAAUAAAGUAUUGUUAUUAUAAUUA